AGUUAUAACUUAACAUUUUUAUGUUUUAAAAUCUGUGUUAAAAAUUCAUAUUUCAUCUAUUAAACAAAAUGUCCAACAAAUUUGUAUCGGUCAAAGAUUUUGAAAACUAUGCUGUUGGUACAUUGCCACGGACUGUUCUUGGAUAUUAUCAAAGUGGGGCUUGCGAUGAAUACACACUUUCGAUUAAUAAUAAAGCAUUUAAUAAAUUGCGCAUAGUACCACGAAUGCUGCGUGAUGUUCGAAAUAGAGAUUUGAGCAUCACCAUUCAAGGCGAUAAAGUAAAUGUACCUAUAGGUAUAUCUCCUUGUGCUAUGCACAAAAUGGCUCAUGAAGAUGGAGAGUGUGCAUCUGCUAGAGCGGCUGGAAAGCACGGUGCAAUUUUUAUACUUUCAACAUUGUCAACAUGCAGUUUAGAAGAAGUGGCCACAGCGGCACCAAACACUGUGAAAUGGUUCCAACUCUACAUCUAUAAAGAUAGGGUUUUAACUACAUCAUUAAUACGAAGAGCAGAAAAAUCUGGAUACAAAGCACUUGUGUUGACUGUUGAUGCCCCUGUGUUUGGCAUCCGGUAUAAAGACAUAAAAAAUAACUUUAGUUUACCAAGCCGAUUGAGGUUAGGGAAUUUCUCUGAAGAACUGUCAGUAAUGAACCAAACUAAUGGUUCGGGCUUGACAAAAUAUGUAAUGAGUCUUUUCGAUGAUCGUUUGGUAUGGGAUGACAUCAAAUGGCUGAAAAGCAUUACAGAUCUACCAAUUAUAGUAAAAGGUAUUUUGAGUGCAGCUGAUGCUAAAAUUGCCGCUGAUUUGGGAUGUGACGGUGUAUUUGUUUCCAACCACGGUGGAAGACAGUUAGAUACAGCUCCAGCAACAAUUGAGGUUUUGCCAAGCAUUGCACGAGAAGUUGGACAUCGUGUUGACAUUUAUCUCGAUUGUGGCAUAAGGCAUGGAACCGAUGUGUUCAAGGCUUUAGCUCUUGGUGCUAAAAUGGUGUUUUUAGCGCAGCCUAUAUUAUGGGGCUUGACGUAUGAUGGCCAAAAGGGCGCAGAGGACGUUUUUGGUAUUGUUGUUAAUGAAUUCGAUAACACUAUGGCUUUAGCGGGUUGUGCAUCAUUAGACCAAAUUAAGAAGGAAAUGGUGGUACACAAAUCAGUAUAUUCAAAACUUUAAGCUUAUUAUAAUAUUUUGUUUAUACUUAAUUUAUUAUACAAAUAGAGUACAGACUUUAACUAAAACAACAUAAGUAUAUAAAUAUGCUAAUAAAUAUUUUUAACUUAAA